AUGGCACGAGCAUCAAUAUCAUCAUCAGACCCGGUGUCAUCAUACAUGGACGGUGUCAAUGUCAAAAUAGCAGAAGCUUAUAAGCCUCCUAGGAAAGUAACACUCCCAGCAGCUUACAACAACAAAUUUCCAGAUAUCACUCGUUAUAAUUAUGAUUUUAGCGUUGAAAGGUCUAUUCUAAAUAAGCUGGAAGAAUGGCGGAAAGUGAGGAAAGAAAAUAAAGAAGCGCGAGAACAGCGUAUUGAAGAAAGGAAAAAACGCGAACAAGAAGAAGAAGAACUAACUAAAAGUAACUCUCCGUCAUCUCCAGAAGUACUUCCACUGCCAGUUAAAGUUGCUCCAGCACCCAAAACUACUAUACUUACUCCCCAGCCGCUGUCUCCGCCCUGCGAUCUCCAGGAUAUUGAUCUUAAUCGGCACCGUCGCCAUGGCAAAAGCAGCCGUAGUUCCGGCAAAAAGAAGAAAAAGCGUUCACGAGACAAGUCUCUAGACUCGGACAUCCCCAAAGUAGCCUCCUCAAUAGUAAAACCUCUUGUGGAGUACUCUGAUGUGAGCAGCGAGGACUUGUCCGAGCCCGAGGCCGGAGAGAUUCAGUCCGAGGAGAGCAGAGGCAACAGCUACACAGACAGCGACCUGGGGGUGCUUCGACCGCGGUACUAUGGUAGCCCGAAGCGUCCAGUGGUGCCUCAGCCUCCCGGAGAUCUUCGUCCUUCACCAAUCAGCAUGUCCCCGUCUCCUCCGAUGCGUCAGAGACACUUUUCCCCUGUAGAAGAGCCCCAGGUUCCCAGUCCGGAGUUUACCGAGGAACGUCGGUACCGUCGCAAGGAAAAGAAGCAUCGCCGGGAGAAGAAAAAGAAAAUUAGCUUGAGUCCGAGCUCGAGUUCCUCGAAGAAGCGGAAGCGGAAGUCAAAGCGCGCCUCCAGGAGUCUGAGUCCGGAAAUUGUCCAGGAGUUCGUCCCGGAGAGCCCGAAGAUGGUCGAGAAGUGGCCGGAGUCGCCGCCGAUGCCUUUGAAGGACAGCACGAGUCCGAUUUCUCCGGCGACGCCUCAGCAGCGUUCUCCGAGUGACAUGGACCUGGAGUCGCCCCAGCACGUCACUCCGCCCAUCCUCCGUCGCUCGGAGUCUCCUCACACUCCUCUGCUGCCUCCCAGACCCUCUUCCCCGGAGAAGAUGUCCAAGCACAGUCCAGAACCGAGGAACAGUCCUCCACAUCGAGUUCCUAGAGCCGACAGUCCGCUCACCAGGAGGCGACACAGCCCCAGUAGUCCGCCAGGACGUCGAGAACACAGCCCCAGAAGAAGAGAAUUCAGCCCGAGCCCGAUGCACCGGGUGAGACACUCUCCUAGUCCUCGUCGCCGGGAGUUCCGCGCCUCCAUGUCCCCCGGGAGCAAAAGACGAAAGCGCGAGGACAUGAUGAGACAGCACAGGCACCAUGAUAGAGAACGGAAGGACAAGCGGAAGUCCAGGUUGAUGAAUCGCGGAGUUCCAGACAUGUCCCGCUCCAGGAGUCGGAGUCCCAGGUGGAGGAAACCCUCCAGGUCUAGGUCCAGAGAGAGGAGGCGAAGUCGCACACCCAAAAGAUCUCCUCCUGGAAAGUUACCCAGGUCCGCGAGGAAGAGGUCCAAGAGCCCCAGGAGGAUCCCCUCGCCGCACCGCACCAGGCUGAGGAGCCCGACUAGUCUCAAGGCGAUUAACUUGAGGAGCCAGGCGAAGAUUAAUGAGACUACUUUGUUCGCGGAGAUGGUCAAGGACAGGAACAUCAAGGAACUUGCUUAUAAAAAGUACCAGGCUGCUAAGGAGAAGGAGGUCAAUAGUCAGGAUGAUGUUCAGAUUAUCGAAGGCUCUGAUGAAAAAGACUCGAGCUCCUGUUCCACUGACAAGUCCAAUGGCCGCGUUGACAAGUCCGUGGAAAUUGUCGACAUUCCUGUUCCAGUUCCUGAAACUUCGGAGGGGCUUACGCCUCCUCUUCCAGGACAGACGGGUUCUAAUUCACCUUUUCCGCCAAAUGGGGCUAGUGUUUGUCAGAAAACACCACCACCGCCUCCUACGGAUAUUCCUGGAACCGGCCAUGUUCCAGGAACUGUUCCAGGAAUUGCCUCCGUUCCAGAAACCACUCAUGUUCCAUGCACCGUUCUUGGAACAGUUCCGGUUCCAAGUACUGUUCCAGCGGUUCCAACACCAAAUUUGAUUCCUGUUCAAGCCACAGUACCUGUUGUCACUGGAAAUUCCGUUCCAGUGGCAGUCUCGUCGCCUAUGAACGCCAUUUCAAAGUUCAACACUCCGAACAAUCUUGUUCCAAUUAAAUCUAUAGAUCCUCCAAAGGCGCCAUUUGUUCAAUUUAAAACCGGGAAGCUGUCCAAGCUACCACUACCUCCUGGAAUUAAUCAGAAUGACCUGGAGAGCAUCGACUCGCCUCCUAGCAGGUCGCCGAGUCCUCAGAGAAAGGGUGGAACUGGUGGAACAGGAGGAACCGGGUUGAUUAAGAAUAUUAAAAAGGGAAUAACGGAACUACCAAUGCCGCCAGUGGCUCAGGGAGAAGACUACAGUGGAGAGGAAGAUCCUAAUGCUACUCCUCCAAGGAACAAGCUGGAACGGCUUGCACCCAAGCCUAAGCUCAAGCGCCCGAAGAUUUUGAAAAAGAGGAACCUCAGGAACUGCCACGCGCCAAUAGGAGAAGUAAAACUCGCAGACUUUGGUCUAGCGCGACUCUACAACGCAGAGGACCGCCAGCGACCAUAUACAAACAAAGUAAUAACUCUGUGGUACCGUCCUCCCGAGCUGUUACUCGGAGAAGAGCGUUAUGGUCCCGCGAUAGAUGUCUGGAGUUGUGGGUGUAUCCUCGGAGAAUUAUUUUGGAAAAAGCCAUUGUUUCAGGCGAACAUGGAAAUGAUGCAACUAGACUUGAUUGCCCGAGUCUGUGGAACGCCAACACCGGCCGUGUGGCCGUCUGUGAUAAAACUGCCACUUUGGCACACUCUAAAAGCUAAAAAGACCUACCGGAGACGCUUGAGAGAAGAUUUUACAUUCUUACCUCCAACAGCUCUGGAUUUAUUGGACAAAAUGCUGGAACUUGAUCCAGAAAAACGCAUCACUGCUGCCGAUGCACUUAAAAGUGCUUGGUUGAGAAAUAUUGAACCCGAACGUAUGCCUCCUCCCGACCUGCCUACUUUCCAAGACUGUCACGAGUUAUGGAGCAAAAGACAACGUCGGAAGGUUCGGGAACAACUUGAGAACGCUAACGCGGGUUCGGGAUUAAAAAGACUUAAAGAAGGAUACCAUGUCCAAAAUUUGCCCGAAGGCUUCGAGAAUUCUUUUGGGGCCUCUCCGAGUUACUGCUACAGCCCCAAGGGCCCCAGGCCCACUAAGGAGAAUUUUAACUCGGAAAUUAGUGAAGACACUUUGGCAAAGAAGCUUAAUUCACUCGCGGGCGCGCUGGGACAGGGGAAACCUAUUAGAGUUGAUGAUUUGAUGUCUCUAAGGGUUGAUAAUGAGAGCGAUCCUAAAGCUGUACAGCUGGUCACGGAAUUACACAGCGAAAUUCGGCAGGCUGCUAAUGCUAGACCUACUGGGCAAUUGGAAGCGCAUUUGCCGCUUUUAAUUCCUCCGGCAGCUCUAAUGUCUCGCUACGGUCUUGACAGCUGCAAGUCGCCCCAGGGUAAUACAAAUAAAUCUAGCCAAGUUUUUCCGCCGCCUUCUUCGUCGACUCAGUCAGCAUUUGGUUCUUAA